AUCCUCAACCAGCCCAUCAUCAGUUCCAUUCGUUCGUCGACGCCUCGAACACCUACUACCUACUAUAGUUAAUACUCUUGAACCGAAGAUCCGGGUCUUAUCUGCUAAUAAUCAAUCAAGAUGAAACUAUUCGUUGCCAUUUUUGCUGUGCUAGCUGUGGCCUAUGCCGAUUUCACCGUCCAGUCGACGGAGGAUCUGCAACGUUACCGUACAGAAUGUGCCCAAUCGGAGGGCAUCUCGGAUGAGCUGGUGGCCAAGUACCGGAAGUGGGAGUUCCCCGAGGAUGACAAGACCCAGUGCUACAUCAAGUGUGUGUUCAGCAAGAUGCACCUGUUCGACGAAACCAAUGGACCGAUCGUAGACAAUCUGGUUCAGCAGCUGGCCCACGGACGGGAUGCUGGUGAAAUCCGCGAGGAGGUGCUCAAGUGCGUCGAUGCCAAUACUGACGGAAAUGCCUGUCACUGGGCCUUCCGUGGCUUCAAGUGCUUCCAGCAGAACAACCUGCCCCUGAUCAAGGCUAGCAUCAAGAAGGAUUAAGGUGGAUCCAGGAGAGCUUAAUGUAGGCCCCGCGAAAGUAUUUAUCCACUUCCUUUGGUUCUCUGAAAAACUAUUGGAAUAAAACCAGAUCUGCAACUGUCAAAAA